AUUAACUUUUUGAUCCCCCAUCAUACAACAGAGACCAAAACCAGAAAACAAAGCUACAGUCAUUUGUGAGAUGAAAAUGAGAGUUCCAGUACAAAUCAUCUGCUUUUCCUGUUUCUUAUUUUCUGUUACCUCUGUGCAAGGUCAAGUAACUUGCCAGCUUGAGUUGACCGAAUCUGAAGCAGUAAGAACCAUACCAGAGGGAAAAACAAUUUUCAAAGCUGGAGAAAUGGUGGAAAUGAUCUGCUCUGACAAAAAUCAGGUCUUUUACAAGCAGGAGAUAUUUACAUGCACAGAUAAUGGAAAGUGGGAUUACAAGCCAACUUGUGAGGAGAUUAAAUGUCAAGUUCCACACAACCAGCAUGUAUAUCUACCAACAUAUUACUUCCGUGGAGAUCUGAAUUUGAAUGUAAAAAGAUCUUACAAUUGUGAAUCUGGAUAUCGUAAAAUGACAGUCCAGGCCACAUGCAAACGAGACGGGUGGACACCAAAACCACUGUGUGCUGAAAUUAUGUGUGACCAACCAAACAUCACAAAUGCAGAGAUUGUGGGAGGUCAGAACCAAAAGUACAAAAUCUCUUCAAGAAUAGAAUAUAAAUGUCGUCCUGGAUUUGAACCAGAGGAGCUUGUACGAAUCACCUGUGAUUCCCAGGGCCAAUGGACAGACAUACAGACCUGCACUGAUGGUACUUGUCAGGAACAAGAACUCAAAAAUGUAGAAAUUCUCUUUGGACAUCCAGGCAUCACUUCACCUUAUAAACCUGGGCAUAUCUUAGUUUUUCGAUGCACUAAUGUCAACAUGAGGUUUUACGGCCAACGGGCAAUUGAAUGCCAACCAGACGGGAGGUGGAAUUAUCCAUAUCCACAAUGUGGAGGAAUAGUUCAGUGUUCUCAACCAACAACGAACUUGGAAUUUGUGACACUGUCAGAUGAGAAAAAUGUGUUCAGCAACUUUGAGAUACUGACAUACAAGUGCAAUGAACCAUACAAUGAAAAUGCAGGAGGAGUUUUGAUGUGUCAAAAUGGAAAAUGGAACGCAACGUUUUUCUGCAAAAGUGAGACCUGUCCACCACCUCCAUAUCUUCAACAUGGAGAUUACAGCAUCAUCAAGAGUACGGAAAAAAAAGUGAUUACAGAGGUAUCUUACACUUGCCAGUCUUACUAUGUAUUGGAUAAGCAACAGGAAUCUUAUAAGUGUGUGGAUGGAAUAUGGGAGGCUCCUCCGAAAUGUCUGAGACCUUGUGAAAUUAAUGACAUAGUUGAGAAGUACAAUAUGCAGCUCCCUACAGAAAAGGUCUAUAUAGCACAUGCUAACAAGUAUAGACUGAACUGUACAGCUGGAUGGAAUACUGGAAGUGAGAUGAGAGCGUAUGUGGACGUGUCGUGUUCUAAUGGAAAUCUACAGAUUGACAAAAGUUGUGAUACACAAAAUAAUUGAAUGUAAACUGGAGUAGUAAUUGAGUCAUAUGUCCCACCGGACAUGGAGUGGAGUAACAUCUCACAACAAGAACUGGCAAAUCUGGUGCAGUCCAUGAGGAUGAGAUCAACUGUAGUACUUAAAGCAGCUGGUGCCAUAACAUAUACUGACUGCUAUGUUGAUAUUGCCAGCCUGAGUUUCCUAGUCAUAUACGACUAGAGAGGCUGUUGACGUCCAUGUAUUUAAACUAAUAUUUAAACUACUCAAUAAAAGAAAACCAACCAAUA